UCGUAGCCUCCGGUGAGCCGUCUAACGGGAGGAGGAGCUGUUUCCCAACGACCACGGGGAGUAAAGGAGCUGCUCGGUGUUAAAGAAGCUGGUCUCAUGUCAACCGAGAGUCGAGACGCGAAGGACAAAGUAAAGCCAUCCGUUAUUCACCUCUCGGUAAAGUCUUCAUCACUUUUUAAAACCACUUUUUUUUGCCAGCAGGACACAGUGCGCAGCAGCAACGCCCCGCUGAAAUAAGCGCUCACUAUGUCUGAUGGGGACUAUGAUUACCUCAUCAAAUUCCUAGCCCUCGGUGACUCUGGCGUGGGAAAGACAAGCUUCCUCUACCAAUACACAGACACCAAGUUUAACUCCAAGUUCAUCACUACAGUUGGAAUAGACUUCCGAGAAAAAAGAGUGGUAUACAAGUCAACAAAUCCAGAUGGAUCUUCAGGUAGAGGACAGAAGAUCCACAUGCAGCUGUGGGACACUGCAGGACAGGAGAGGUUUCGGAGUUUGACGACCGCGUUCUUUAGAGAUGCAAUGGGCUUCCUCCUUCUGUUUGACCUCACAAAUGAACAAAGCUUCCUCAACGUCAGAAACUGGAUGAGUCAGUUACAGAUUCACGCAUACUGCGAAAGUCCAGACGUCGUUUUAUGUGGCAACAAAUGUGACCUGUCGGAUCAGAGAGCAGUCCGUGAAGACGAGGUCCGUGAGCUGGCAGAGAAAUACGGAAUCCCAUACUUUGAGACGAGUGCUGCAAACGGGCAGAACGUGAACCAGGCUGUGGACGUCCUGCUGGAUCUCAUCAUGAAGAGGAUGGAACGAUGUGUUGACAAGUCUUGGAUCCCUGAUGGGACCGUCCGAGUUAAUGGACCCACCAACGCAGACCUCUCAGAGGGCUCUGAUAGGAGCAAAUGUGCAUGUUAGAAUGAACAGUGGUCACAGUACAUAUCUGUGGCCAUAAUACUGGAGAAGAAAAUGGGAAGACAUCCAGGUUAAACAGUGGGAGAAUAAACAGUAUAGUUUUAUUAUAAAUUAGGUGAAACUUGACGUGAUUUGUGUCCAUUGGCCCACAAUGCACUGCACUGGCAAGGUGUAUUAUUUGUCAGUACAGAUAAAGUGCCUUUUAAAUGUGGGCAUUUCAUUUAAAUUUGUAUAAUGGGUCUUUUGAAUACUUAAUUCAUAUUGGAGGAUGGGAUAUUUUUUUUUAUGAUGCUGAAAUUUACAGUUGGUUAAAUGUUGACUGUGAUACCUGCAGUCAUAGUUUAUUGUGGGUGUAAAAUCUGCUACGGAUGUACUUUAAGGAAACUUAAGUUACAUGCGACUGAUGCUCUACUGAAUGUCCUGCUGAAUACUGCAACUGUGACGAUACCCUUCGUUAAAAAUAUACAUGAUUUUGCUCAGGCGAGAUCCUAGAUGCUUAAUGCCCAGGGCCCACAACAUUUGGAUAUUAGUUAUUAACUGAAACAAUGACCAUCUUUGCUGAAAUCAUAAGAAAUUAAUUAACUUUUAUCAAAUGCCUCCAACUUCAGGGAAAAAGAGCAGAGGUGUUAUUUCACACAGGCAAUGUAAUGUUUUUAUUGAGUGUGGCUAUCGUUUAGGCCGUCAACUUCUAAAGUAUUUCUAAUAGAAACCCUGUAUUCAAGUGCUAGAUGCAGUGGAAAGAGCUGCGAGCUCCAUUGCUAAACUCUCUAACCUUCACUAGAUUAUUGGAUCGAGGGUGUUUUGUUUCAUGUGUCAAUGUUAACAAGUAGGCUGUUGAAUUUGUUGAUUUUUGAAAAAUGCCCAGAUGUUUUUAAUGCCAAGUUGUAUAAGAAAGGCAGUAAGAUGUGACCUUCAUUUCAGUUAACUUUUAGUCCACUUUAUAAUACCACUGAUAUUUUAUAAAUACGUUCACUCACAAAUCCACAUAAUUUGUGAUAUAUAUAUAUAAAUAAACAUAAUAGAGGGUGAAACAAUGUUUUAGUUUAGACACGUAUAUUUUUCCACUCAUUUUCACAGAUUUGAAAAACUACUGCCAAAAUUUAAUUUGAUUAUAUUAGUAAGACUACACUGAAAUAUUUAAUAUUUUCAAUUGUGCCAUACAGUUUUCAUAUGCAAUAUAUGUAAAUGAUGUCCAAAAAUAAACAAUUUAUUUAUGUAUUACUUGAAACAUA